AUGUGGGGUGCAGUUGUUUUCGGCUGCAUGGGAUUCUAUGGAAUGCUCAUUAUUCGUUAUGGGCUCGAGGAGCAAAACUCUAAUUACCGAGAGAAAUUACUAAAAACGAUUCGAGAACGUGAUCAGAGUGAUGAGCUUCUACGUAACAUGCGAGAUACACAAAAAAAAGAGACAUUCGAAUUGGAGAAACGGCUCCGUGACUAUGAAACUCAACUGAAAGCUGUGCAGGAUCGUGCUUCAGCUCAGGAGACCCAUUACAAUAUUACAAUAAAGGAUCUUUCACUGAAGUAUAAGAACUCAGUUAGUCAGUUGACCAAAAAAUUGGACAUAUCCGAAAAGGAAAAGAACGAUGCCGUUGUAAAGUACGCGACAAGAGAGGCAGAAAUAAUGCGAAUACGGGGCGACAUCCAAAAGAAAGAACAGGAACUGGUCGAGUGCCAAAAGGCGAAGGAAGAGUUGAAACACUGUCAAAGUCAAGAGAGUCUGGAGCAGCUGGAAAAAACAAAUAGCAGCCUGCGGGUAGAGUUGGAGAACGCUAAACACGAAAAAUUUGAUUUGGAGAACAAAUUAAAAUUGGCAGAAAAGCGAGUAGAAGCUAGCAACGCAUCGAUAGCCGAACUAAAGCAGCAAGGUGAUGUGCUUAGGAAACAACUCAUUCAGCUGAAAGAAGAAAAGGUUCAGCUUCAAGGGGAAAAUAGGCAGCUCUCACUAAAAACGCAAAUACAAGAAUCGCGUCGUGUAAACCAAGCUGAAGAGUUGAAUAAAUGUCAGCAAUUAGUAGAACAACAGCUAGCUGAGGCGAAUUUGAACUGCUCUCGUCUGAUUGAUUCCAAUCGCCAAGUCACCGCUGAAUUAGACGAAGUGAAGAGAGAAAAUCUUGAUCUUCUCAACAAACUGCAAAGUUUCGAGGAUAAGCUUUCACUAGAAGAGAAGGCUAAUAGAAAAGCAUCGGUCGAACUUUGGCGUCUACAAGGGAUUGAAGAACAGAUAGUGAGCAGUCAGAAAAUAGCGGAACAAGCUAGGCUUGAUAAAGAACAAGCCAUUGCCGAAAAAGAAGCUGAAGAAUGUCGUUUGCAAGCUGAGAGGAUGUUGGCCAUCACAGAACAACUGACAGAACGAAAUAGUCAGCUUGUAAGUGAGAUUGCUACGGAGAGAGAAAAGAAUUGUCAACUGGAGCAAAAACUUAUUACAACUGAGGGUUCGCUGAAUCGUGCUCUUUUGAAACUCUCUGAAAGAGAGUUGAAAUUCGAAGUGUCGAGUCUUCGAAAGCAAGUGGACGCAACAACUCCGUUAGCCCCGCUGAAUUCAAAUGAUUCGGUCGCAAGUACGAGCUCGCGGUCGAGAGCCAGUUCGUUGAACAGCAUUGAUAGAAUAACGACCUUGUCACGCGACGACGAGAAUUCUCAUUCAGGGCAGACUGUAUCAAGUGAACCUAGCACGUUUCAGCAAGUAAUGAUAGACAAGAUUAUUGCGUUGCAAAAAAAGCUCGCCAGAAGAAACGAUAAAAUAGAGUUCCUAGAGGAGCACGUGCGAUGUUGUCUGGAGGAAUUACAGAAGAAGACAAGAAUAAUUCAACAUUACGCACUUCGUGAGGAAGCUUCUCUAUUACUGCCUUCCAAUGGAUCCCUUGAGCAGGUCUGUACAUUGUCUUCUUUGUCGGUUUUAUUCAAUGUCCCUCUAGCAAGAAAAGGUACUUCCUAUUCUUUAAUGGGGUCGAUUUUUGCCGGAGGUAACGAUAAGAAGUCGCUGCAACUAGCCACAGAAGUGAAUUCCCGACUUCAGUCGGUAUUAGAGGACGCGUUAAUGAAAAAUAUAACACUAAAGGGUUCCGUAGACUCACUAAGCAACGAGGUAUCGCGGUUAUCACGGGAGAAUCGACAACUCACAUUAGCCCAUAGUCGGUGUACUGAGCAAUGCCCAUGA